AUGCUCACAGUCAGAGAGCAGCCGUCCUCCUGUGGACUCACCACCUGCAGAGGCAACAGCACACACCAUCAAACACCAGCACACACCAUCGCACACUCCUCACGGCCUCCUCACGGCCUCCUCACGGUCUCCUCACGGUCUCCUCACGGCCUCCUCACGGUCUCCUCACGGCAUCCUCACGGUCUCCUCACGGUCUCCUCACGGCCUCCUCACGGCCUCCUCACGGUCUCCUCACGGUCUCCUCACGGUCUCCUCACGGUCUCCUCACGGCCUCCUCACGGCAUCCUCACGGUCUACUCACGGCCUCCUCACGGUCUCCUCACGGCCUCCUCACGGUCUCCUCACGGCCUCCUCACGGUCUACUCACGGCCUCCUCACGGUCUACUCACGGCAUCCUCACGGUCUACUCACGGCCUCCUCACGGUCUACUCACGGUCUCCUCACGGCCUCCUCACGGCCUCCUCACGGCCUCCUCACGGCCUCCUCACGGUCUCCUCACGGUCUCCUCACGGCAUCCUCACGGUCUCCUCACGGCCUCCUCACGGUCUCCUCACGGUCUACUCACGGCCUCCUCACGGUCUACUCACGGUCUCCUCACGGCCUCCUCACGGUCUCCUCACGGUCUCCUCACGGCCUCCUCACGGUCUCCUCACGGCCUCCUCACGGCCUCCUCACGGCCUCCUCACGGCCUCCUCACGGCCCGCUCACGGUCUCCUCACGGUCUCCUCACGGUCUCCUCACGGUCUCCUCACGGUCUCCUCACGGUCUCCUCACGGUCUCCUCACGGCCUCCUCACGGCCCGCUCACGGUCUCCUCACGGUCUCCUCACGGUCUCCUCACGGCCUCCUCACGGUCUCCUCACGGUCUCCUCACGGCCUCCUCACGGCCUCCUCACGGCCUCCUCACGGUCUCCUCACGGUCAUCUGCACUUAG